AUGGUGGAACUCAAAGGUCCCGGGUAUACAUCUCAUUAUUAUAAUAACAUCUUUAUUAUUAUUCCAGCUAUUAUUGUCGUUAUAUUAGUUGGUUUUGUCGCAUAUCGUUUAGUAAAUAGUUUAUUAUCUAAAAAACGUCGCAAAGAAGAAAAAGCUCGAUUGAAACAAGCGAAAAAAUCUGAAAAACAACAGCAGCAACAACCCAAACAACAGGCAUCUCCUCAAGCAAAUGAAUUUCAGACGUAUCGAAACGCUUUACAAACAGCAAAAAACGUUAAACAACGAUCGGAACAAUCCCAAAUAUCGUAUUUAAAUAAAGGACAGUCUGCAUGGGAAAAACGUAUCGUCAAAUCGUUGAAUACAAUGUGCAGUGAAUUAAAUAUGAGUUUAGCAAAACAGAGAAAUGAAACGGAAAUGCGUGCAGUUAAACGUCAUUGGAAUGAACUAGGACAUAUUUGUACAGAUUUAAACCGUUUUCGACCAGUUUAUUCAGCAAAAGAUUUUCUUGAUGUUAUAACAGGAUUACAGAAUCCAAAUUUGAAAAUUGAUGAAACAUUGUGGAAUGUUGGUUUGAUAAAAGUACCAUUGGUGACAAAAACAUUGUUAGAAAUCAAAUUUCAAUACAAAGAUAUUACAACGUAUACACCACAAUAUUGUUCAGAUGAAAGCAUUUUAAUUGAAGAUGAAAAUGUCCGAUAUGCAACUCAAAUUAUUGAAAAAAAGAAAAGUUCUGAUGCACAUACUUAUUCAAAACGUGGUUGUCCAACAAGUUUACGUGGAAAAUUAUGGUGUAUGAUGUUAGAUGUGAAUUUAGAUAAUUGGCAUUUGGCUUAUUUUAAUUAUUUGAAACAAAACGUUAUUGAAUACGAUCUUUUGGUGGAUUAUCUAUACUUCAAGGACGUGAAACUAACAGCUGUGAAUGAUGAUCAACUGUUCGUAUUUGAGGAUUUCUUGUAUCAAGUCUUAUUAUUAUUUUCUCGUGACACAUCUGUUCAAGCAUGUUUCGAACAUUCAGGUUGUCAAGCACCAAAAUCAUUUAUUAAAAAAAAACUUGGUGCUGAUGAAUGUGCUGUAGUAUAUCCACCAAAUGGGAUUAUACCAUUUCAUGGUUUUUCAAUGUUAGGUAUUGCUCCAAUGUGUUUUGUUUAUGAAGAUCCAAUAUUACUAUAUUUUGUAUUUCAUAAGUUGUAUAUGACACAUUUUUUCAAAUUACAUCAUGUAUCAGCUGAUCCAAAGGGUAUUGUUGGUUUAUGUGUUUUAUUUGAAUGUUUGAUGCGUCAAGUAUCACCUGAAUUAUAUUUUCAUUUACAAAAUUCUCAAAUUCAACCUUUAAGAAUAGCAUUCAAAUGGAUCAUGCGUGCAUUUUCCGGUUAUCUGGCAUGCUCACAAUUGUUAGCAUUGUGGGAUAGAAUAUUAGCGUAUGAAUCAUUGGAGAUAGUUGCUGUGUUAGCUGUUGCCAUAUUUAUUUUAAGAAAACACAAUGUGUUGGCGGUUACAUCAGAAUCGGCUGUUGAAGCAAUAUUUUCUGAUAUAUCAUCGAUCAAAGUUAUACCAUUAUUACAAUUUUUUCUAUCAUGA